UGGUGGCCAAGAGUACAUCUCUUUUCAAAUAGCUGGAUCAGGUCCUCAUGCUGCUGUGGUCGUUGCUGGUUAUCUUCGCUGCAGUCAAUGAACAGGCAGAUUAGCUGACCCUUUCGGCGCCCUCUUCUGUCUUUGAAGGAGACAGCAUAGUUCUGAAAUGCCAGGGAGAACCGAAUUGGAAAAUCCAGAGGAUGGCUUACCACAAGGAUAACAGAGAGUUAUCUGUUUUCAAAGCAGUCUCAAGGUUCCAGAUCCAAAGUGCAGUUUUAAGUGACAGUGGUGACUAUUUCUGUAGUACCAAAGGAAAGAUGUUGGUCUCGGAUAAAAGAUCAAAUAUAGUAAAGAUCAGAGUCCAAGAGCUAUUUCAACAUCCUAUGCUGAUAGCCAGUGACUUCCAGCCCAUCGAAGGGGGUCCAGUGAGCCUGACAUGUGAGACCCGGCUUUCUCCGCAGAGGCUGUAUGUUCAGCUUCGGUUCUGCUUCUUCAGAGAAAACCAGGUCCUGGGGUCAGGCUGGAGCCGCUCCCCAGAGCUCCAGAUUCCUGCCAUGUGGAGUGAUGACACAGGGUCUUACUGGUGCAAGGCAGAAACGGUGACUCCCAGGGUCAGCAAGCAGAGCCUCCAAUCCCAGAUUCAUGUGCGGAGAAUUCCCAUCUCUAAUGUGAGCUUGGAGGCCCGGGCCCCUGGGGGACAGGUGACUGAAGGACAGAGACUGAUCCUGCUCUGCUCAGUGGCUGGGGGUACAGGAAAUGUCACGUUCUCCUGGUACAGAGAGGCCACAGGCACCAGUCUGGGAAAGCAAACCCAGCAUUCCCUGUCAGCAGAGCUGGAGAUCCCCGCUGUGAAGGAGAGUGAUGCCGGCAGAUAUUACUGUCAAGCUGACAACGGCCAUGAGCCUAUCCAGAGCAAGGUGGUGAAUAUACCUGUGAGAAUUCCAGUGUCUUGCCCUGUCCUCACCCUCAGGGCUCCCAGGCCCCAGGCUGUGGUGGGGAAUCUGCUGACGCUUCACUGUGAGACCCAGAGAGGCUCUUCCCCGAUCCUGUACUGGUUUUAUCAUGAGAAUAUCACCCUGGGGAACAGCUCAGCCCCCUCUGGAGGAGGAGCCUCCUUCAACAUUUCUCUGACUGCAGAACAUUCUGGAAACUACUCCUGUGAGGCUGACAAUGGCCUGGGGGCCCAGCGCAGCCACGCAGUGCUGAUCUCCAUCUCAGGACCUGAUGGCUAUAGAAGAGACGUCAUGACAGCCAGAGUUCUUGGGGGGCUGUUCGGUGUCCUCGGUUCCAUUGCUGUUGCUUUGCUGUUGUAUUGCCUGUUCCACAAGAUAUCAGGAGAAAGUUAUGCAACUAGUGAACCCAGAGGUGCUUCCAGGCCAAAUCCUCAGGCAUCCACCCAUUCCAGCCCAAUCCCAGACAUGGAGGAGCUGCAGCCAGUGUAUGCCAAUGUGGGCUCUGUAGAUAUGGAUGUGGUUUAUUCUCAGGUCAGGAGCAUCCAGCAGCCAGAAGACUCAGCAAACAUCAGGACAUUUCUGGAGAACAAGGACUGCCAAGUCAUCUACUCUUCUGUGAAGAAGUAAUAAUACUUGGAGGAACCAGAGGGGAAGAUCAACAACGAGAAUGGGGCAUUAUUAAGACUCGCCAUAAAACCUUACGAAAAUGCUCGGGCCUUAUCACCUGCCACAGCCAGAAUGUGCUUCGGGAGCCAUCUCUUGUCAUCAUUUUUGUUCUGAUCAUUUUCCUUCUCCAAUAUCUUCUUUUACUUAUUAAUAGUCAUUGAACUGCUACUACAUCCAGACACUGUGCAAAUAAAUUUCUGCUACCUUC